AUGUACGACACCAUAGAAGAUUUUCUGCAGAGUAAUAAUAACCUCAUGCCUAUAAGGUACUCUUAUUCAGAUAUUAAGAAGAUGACCAAGGGUUUUGAGGACAAAUUGGGUGAAGGAGGCUAUGGCUCUGUAUUUAAAAGAAAGCUACGUAGUGGUCGUUAUAUAGCAAUCAAGAUGUUAGGCAAGUCCAAUGCAAAUGGACAAGACUUUAUAAAUGAGGUGGCCACUAUUGGAAGGAUUCACCAUGCUAAUGUGGUGCAACUUAUUGGCUUUUGUGUUGAGGGAUCAAAACGUGCUCUAUUGUUUGAGUUCAUGCCUAAUGGUUCUCUAGAUAAAUUCAUGCUUUCCAAAGAAGGAAGUGCCAUCUUGAGCUAUGAGCAAAUGUUGAAAAUUUCCCUUGGAGUGGCUCAUGGGAUUGAAUAUCUACAUCAAUGUUGUAACAUGCAAAUUCUGGAUUUCGACAUUAAGCCUCACAAUGUUCUCCUUGAUGAGAACUUCACACCGAAGGUUUCAAACUUUGGUCUCGCGAAGCUUUAUCCAACAGACAAUUGCAUUGUGUCUUUGAGAGCAAUAAGAGGAACAAUUGGAUAUAUGGCUCCAGAGUUGUUUUACAAAAACAUUGGAGGUGUCUCCUAUAAAGCUGAUGUGUAUAGUUUUGGAAUGUUAUUGAUAGAAAUCAUGGGAAAAAGGAAGAAACCCAAUACACCUGCGGAUCGUUCAAGCGAAACGUACUUCCCUAAUUCGGUUUACGACCAAGUUAGCAAAGAAAAAGACACAGAAUUGGAAAUUUCCAUGGAGGAGGAAAGGAAAUUAGAACAUUCUUUUAUGAGAUGUACCUUAGACCUCCUUCGGCAAAGUGAAGAAGCAAGGACAAAUGACUGGAUCAAGGUGCGCCAAUCUGGUAUUAGAUAUUAUCUAUCACUUGGUGAUCAGAGGAUUGUUGACAAAAAUUUCAUUAUCAGGCCAAAAGCUGAGUUUGAGGUGAGGAAUGUCUAA